CAUGCGGUGUUGAAGCCUUGACUCAAGUAUAGUGUGUUUUUAGAUGAAGACGGUUUCAGGUGGACAGAACAAUUGCGCUCGACAGCCAAAAGCAAAGCAAUCCUGCACUUCUGCAGCAUCUUCGUAUUGCUUUUGUAAUUAAGGGAUGGAGGAUGGCUUCUCACACCUUCAGAUGUGUGUCCUGAGAACCUCUAAAUUGCCGAAGGCUAUAAACUGAAAAUGAUUAUCAAUGUGUUCAAUCAUAAUGUCAUCUAUAAUCAGUAUGGCAGCACUUUAAAACGCCUACUUUUUCAGUGACCAGCAUACAGAACUGUGAGCUAAAGGACAAUAAGCUCACAAAUUGCAGUGCCAAGAACACAUGACGCCCACUCAGAAAAUGAACUCUUGCAAAUAUUUUCAAAUGAAUGAACUUGAAAACAUCCAACAAGAAAACCAUGCCUGGCCUAAAAAACAGUAAAAAAUUCACCCACUCUGACAGGGACAUUUAUUUUCACCUUGUCCUCUAAUGAGAGCCAGAUAUCUAUUUGCAUACCGUUACAUGCUGCCAUGACUCAACCCAACGUUACAGAUCUCUCGGCUAAUAUCUCCGGAGGAUCCGAAUCGGGUAAUCUGUACCGUCCAUUUUCUGUGUUCAGUGUUCUCACGCUCACUUUGCUGGCCAUGCUAGUGGUGGCCACCUUUGUAUGGAACCUUCUGGUUUUGGUGACCAUCCUGAGGGUGCGCACCUUCCAUCGUGUUCCCCACAACCUGGUUGCCUCCAUGGCCAUCUCUGAUGUGAUGGUUGCAGGACUGGUAAUGCCGCUCAGUCUGGUUAGGGAGCUCUACGGUCGGCGUUGGAUUCUGGGUCGGGCCCUGUGUCAGGUCUGGAUCUCCUGCGAUGUGCUCUGCUGCACAGCCAGUAUCUGGAAUGUGACGGCCAUUGCCCUAGAUCGCUACUGGUCCAUCACACGCCACCUGGAGUACACGUUGAAGACACGUAAACGAAUCUCCAAUGUGAUGAUCGGCCUCACAUGGCUGCUCUCUUCUGUUAUCUCGCUUUCGCCACUCUUCGGUUGGGGUGAGACAUACUCGGAAGACAGCCUGGCUUGUCAAGUAAGCCAGGAGCCAUCUUACACAGUCUUCUCCACCUUUGGAGCCUUUUACCUGCCCCUCUGUGUGGUGCUCUUUGUCUACUGGAAGAUUUACAAGGCUGCCAAGUUCCGCAUUGGCUCUCGCAAGACCAACACCAUCACACCCAUGGCUGAGGUCAUAGAGGUUAAGGAAGCUGAACGACAGCCACAGAUGGCCUUCACAGUUCGUCACGCUACUGUAUCGUUCCAGACGGAUGGCGAGACGUGGCGAGAGCAGAAAGAGAGGAGAGCGGCUCUGAUGGUGGGCAUCCUGAUUGGUGUGUUUGUGCUCUGUUGGAUUCCCUUUUUCCUUGCUGAGCUCAUCAUUCCGCUCUGUUCAUGCGACAUCCCUCCUGUCUGGAAAAGUGUCUUCCUCUGGCUGGGUUACUCAAACUCCUUCUUUAACCCACUCAUCUACACAGCCUUUAACAAGAACUACAACAACGCGUUUAGAAACCUUUUUUCCAGACAGCGAUGAGGAACAGAAAGACCAAAAUGAAAACCUUUGGGUUUUAUGAGUAGAAAGUGAGAAGAACAUCAAGAGAAGCCUUCUUCUCAGUUCAGACACAGAAGACACAAAAGCAAUGCGCUCGCUCUAACCGUUGUUCCAGGAGGAAAGGGGAUUUCCAACACGCAUCAAAAAACCUGCAGGCCUGGUGUUCAGAUUUUCACCUGCUGGUGAUAAUAUCUGUCUGUGUAUGGCUGCUGCUGCUGAUGUUUUCAUGGUUAGAUAAGUUUGGCACUAUCUGUUAAGUCAUCAGUGCUGAGAUAAUGCAAGUCUGCUGAACCAUCCAAGUGUCCCCUCUAGCAAAACUGAACCACUCAUUCGGACACUGAGCAAACUGUCUGUAGUCCUCGUCAUUUCUGUGAACUCUUGAGAGAGAAACCUUGGUUGUUUUCCAUUGUUCUUGAAGGACAUCAAAGCCAUUUUUCUUCUGUCAAUGAAGACACAAAGUAGGUAUAUGUACACGUUAUGAAAGUCUGGCCUAAUUCAUAUCCUUUCACUCCCUAAAUAAUGACCUGGCUAAGGAGCAAUUUGUAUUUCCAUCACAUUUCCUUUCAUUAAACUCAUUGUUCCUUAAGAAGAAAGUCGAUGUGUAAAAGAUGUACAAAGACGAGACAUGAUUUCAGGCAGCACAUCUCAGCAUUUAUGUACAUGACCAUGAAAGGAUUCAGCUUUCCUCUUUGUAAGCUACCAUUGUAGCAGAGUAAACUGGAAUAUGGACAUUACAUGAAACGAAAUGUAAACAUGCCUGCAAUUCCUUUGUGAUGGGAGCUGUGCUGCAAGUGUUAAAUAAAAGAUAUGAAUUGA